AUGGAACCGUUCAAAAUAGAACCGAGUGAUCCGUUCAAACCUCCGGAACUCACAUGUGGUUGCGAAGUGCAGCCAAUUCAAGGAUAUUACUAUGAUCCUACAUGGAAGCAUAUCAAACGAUCCGAAAGACCGCGUCUUAUUAUUGACAAGCAUGUGAAGAAUGAACUGGUUGUCCUGGGAAGACUUUUGAAUCUGAGCGCUCACGUCAUUUUGAUAGUUUUGGACACAGAAGUGCACACUGAGAUGCCAGUCGGUGCGUAUUUGCCUUUGUACGGACACCCUCGUGAUAUGCCGACCAAUGGAAAAAUAAUCUCGAUGAAAGUCUACAAGACACCAAUGCAGAUAGUUCAACGUAAGACACAAAUGUGCUACAUCUUCCAAAAAUCCCGUUAAGUUCAGAUUAUCAAUGUCCCGUACAGUUCAAGCCUCAACAAUAUGCGAAUGUGGUGGAUGUUGCGAGUUUGCAAGAAUUUCAGCUAGAGCAUUUGACUGAGGAAAUGUACGAAACAAUCAGAAAAGCAGCUGAGGAUCCAGAGACUGCGGAUAAGCUCAUGUCAUUCGAACACUGGUAAGAACAUUCAUUGUAAAAAAUAACGGAUUGGACAGCGACGUGAUAAAUUGCAGUAAUCACAAAAAGAAUUUGAUCGAGUUUGUGAGAAAGUUCAUGAGAGAACACGAGGAAUCAAGAAAUCAAAUCCCUGAGAAUGGACGUCAACUCGAAAAAUCUGGCAAUCCGGCAAAUGUCUCCGACAGGUACGCUUUUUUUCUAAAAGGGACCAAACCCUUAAACUUUUUAGAUCCAAUAAAAACGGUUUGGCCAAUGACGCAGCGCAAAAUACAAGUUUAGUCACCGAGGCUCCCGAAGAAAAGGGCAACGAGUUGCUUGUCGACAGCACAAAAGGGCAACCAUCUACAAAUGUUUCAAACAAAUCAGACGAAUUGGUUGACACCAAUGAUUGUGACAAAACCAUUCCGUUUGCCAAUCUGGAAAUAACGGAAUGUUCUGCUAGCGUGAGCGUGACCGAUAUAACUCCGGUAAAGAACGGCGAAGCUUCAAAUCAGAUGGAGAAAAAAUGUGACGAAUCUUCAAAAAAGAUCACCGAUAAAAAAGCCCUGCCAAAAGCAAAACGCAAAACAGCGGAGCAAAACCACGCUGAAAGGGAGGCGAUGAAGGCGCAAAGCGAGAAAGCUCGUAAAGAGCAGGAGAAACGGUGAGCUGCAUUUUUCCCCCCAACUUUCUUGCCUUACUUAUUCGUUGAUUUCAGUGACAAGAAAACGAAAAAGGAAAAGCAGAGGAAGGGAAAGCGGCAAAAAGAGGAACAGGCAAGGGAACAAGAGAAACGUGACGAGGUGGCUUUAGAGGAAGGCAUGAAACAGACAACGCGUGAAAUUUACGAAAUGAGCUUCCAAAACUACAUCACUCUUCAUUCCACCCUGCGGAAACACACAUUUUCGGAAAACGGUGAGUGCCACGAAUUUUCAGAUCCUAUUACCACCAUGAUAAUUCAGAAUGGAGUAAGAUGCCCAAAAUGUAUCGAGAAUUGUACGAACAUGCUCUUCUUUUACUCCCAGCCGGUGAAUUAGAAGCCAAACGACACUUUGAUAAUUUCAAAACUUAUUUGAACAACCUUCGAUAUGAGGGCAACGCGCGGAUCUUCACGGAUGUCCUCUUCAAAAUGCAACACCGAGUUCUUUAUCAGGAUUUCUUUUAUGUUUUGAAGAAAUGUAUGGAGAAUCCGGACGGAUGCAGAAGUGAUCCGAACAAAUCGCUCGACAAUCAGUUCCUGGAUCUCAUUAUGCCCGGCCAUACCAAUGCAACAACAAAACAGACGUUUCCUACUUUUUCUAUCGUUUUUGAAUGAAUGAACUUAUUUGGGAAUUGGAUUCGGGUGUUAUCUUAUGCAAAGCAACCUAACCUGACAAUUAGUGCUAGUUUCCAUGGAAAAGAGAACACAUUGUGGUCUCCUUGCCUCCCGCCGUUGAGGAAUAUCGCGUACCCCAAAAUUUCAUCUUUCUCUCCUUCUUUCAUAGCUCCUUGUCUUUUCGUAAUGUGUGCAUACAAAGACCCGAUAGAGUAUAUCACUUUUUUGCGGCCAUCUCCUCUUCCUCUGCACACAUCGUUCUGUAUAAUUUUGUGCAUAGCGGUGUCGUUCAACGGAAAGGUCGAAGCAACAACGUUCACACGUGUUAAUGUCAUGGGGUGCGGUCGUUUUUGUCGCCCCGAAAGCUAUAUACAUCGGAAAUAGAAAAUCAAUGCAGAUUCGUCAUUCUUUUUGUUCGUUUUCGGUUCUUCUCUUGUGAAAUUGUGUUUUCACAAUAUCUUUUCAUCUCUUCUCACUUUCUAUGUUAUCUGCGUUCGUUAUACUCAGGUUUUAUCAGAUUUGGAGAAAAUCGGCCUUGUCCGGCCAGCUCGAAACGGCAAAAAAAUUAAUUUUUCUCAUGUUUACUGGAAAACUCCCUAUUUUUAUCGAAAUCAGCUAGCCGCCGACAAGCCGAAAAACGUAAUUCACAAACUCCAAAUUAGAAAAUGUCACGAUUUUGAAUCGGAAAACAUGUUUUGACAAGUGGAUUUGUAUCUUUCCGUCCUUUUCAAUUAUUAUUCAAUCGAGCACCGAUUGUAUUCCACGUGACUUUCGGCUUUCUUGCUUUCCUGGUGGUGACUCAGCACAAAACUUCUCGAUAAUCUUUGCUCAUUCUGAUUGUGAAUUUCCUAACCAAUAAUUUGUUUUCAGCCAUGGAAACGAUUAAACCUGAAACCGCAGCCGAGGGUUUCGAAUGCGGAUGUGAGGUUCACAUGAUCGUCGGCCACUACUACGAUCCUGUGUGGAGACACAAGAAGGCGUGCGAGAGACCACGUCUUAUUUUGGAUGCGCACAUGAACGACGAGCUGUUCGUUCUGGGCAAAAAAGAGAAUGUGAACGCACGCGUGAUCUUGUUCACCACCGCACCGACAGUUCUCGAUAAGAUGCCAGUUGGAGCCUACUUGCCGAUGAGCUUGAACCCGCGGGAUUACAUGGUGCAAAAUAUGAAGGCGACCAUGAAAGUCUUCAAAACUCCAAUGAAAGUGCACAAACGUAAGUGGAAGAAAUACAGAUGAAGUGUAUUUUACUUUUCAGACAACUGCAUCGUGAGAAUCUCUGUCAAAGACUUUAAUAGAUCUGAGUUUGAGAGAAAGUGUGAGUAUAUGCGUGAGCACUUGUCGGAGGAAGUGAUCGACAGCGUCGAAAAGAUGCAAAAGAACCCAGCAUGCAGCAAUAUGACGAUGGUCUACAAAAAUCAAUGGUAAUUCAAUAAUCUAGGUUUCAUUAUACCCAGUCUUGUUGAAAAUCGGUUCGGGUUCAAAAUGUUUGGAAAACUUUUGGGAAAAUGAGCGAUUUUUUAGCUUUUCACUCGUACAUUUGUUUUUUUCGUUGAAAUUAGCAACCGCGAGCAGGGGCUAUAGUCAGAUCACCAUCGAUUAUACCAGAUAUGUUUUGUUUGCAGUGAUCACGAGAUACGUCUCAACCGACUUGUCCAAUUUCUCAUGAAUCAACAGGAAAACGGAGUUGUACAAUCAUCCUGUCGAACCGACAAUAAAGCUCCUGAUUCCAAGUCCAAAGAAGCUGAAGGUUGUUCUUCUGACAGGUAUACUCCAAGUCUUGUACACGUAUUCAAAACUGUUCAUUGUCAGUGUCACCGCAAAGGCGGUUGACGACAGUAGCUACUUGGAGAAAAUCGUGACUUCGGAAUCAGAAGCUCCUGCAACUGCUCAAGUGAAAGAGAGCGCUUCGGGUGAAGCCGGGAGCCAUCCCACUUUGGAAGAAAUCGUGCUCACCAUGUUGAGAAAUGAAAUGCAAGAGGAAGAACGCGAGAAAUUAGAAAUGGAGAAGAAGAAGAAGAAGAAGAAGAAUCACGCUGGGCCGGCUCGUGCGCAACAAAAGGGCAGGUUUGGCAUUUCGCUUUGAGUUAGAGAUUUAUUCAAAUUUUCUGUAUUUCAGAAAGAAGAAUGGGAGUGGAAAAGGUAAAAGUAAAAACAAGCAAAUGGAGAUGACUGAAGAGGAAAAAGAACGGGAAGAGGAGUUGUUGCUCGAGGAAGCGAGAAUCGAGGCGUUCACGGUCGAUGUUGAUCAAAAGUUGAUCAACUACGUCGGCUUCCAACACUUUCUGCGGAGACACACAUUCUCGGAAAAAUGUAAGCAGACAAUGUCUGCGUAAAUACUGUAAUUGCCUCUUUUAGUCUGGGGCAAUCAAUCAUUGAUGGACCGAGAACUCUACUCGCAUCACAUGUCUCUGAAUCAGGAUGGUCAGAUGGCAGCUCGAAGAAUUUUCACCGUUUUUGUCGACUUUUUGAAAACGCACAACUCAGUCGACGCAAGAAUCUUCGGUGAGGCACUGGAAAAACAUGGCCACGUCGUUGUUCAAUUUGACUUGCUCUACGUCUACAAAACAUGUAUUGAAAGGAUCACUAACAACAACUGUCUUUUGAGAUUCUUAAAAAACCUCAUCCUGUCCGACCGUGUUAAAUAG